AUGCGCGUUCAUUUCAUUGUGCAUGAGUCUUUCGAAGCGCCAGGUGCUUACGAAGCUUGGGCUUUGCAACGACGAUACGACAUCACUUUCACUCGGCUCUAUCUCGGCGACACCCUACCUAUCUAUGUUGGCUCAAUCGAUGCACUCAUCGUUUUAGGGGGCCCCCAGACACCAUCAACCACGAAAGACGAGUGUCCGUAUUUUGAUGCCGCAGCUGAGAAGAACUUCAUUCUGCAAUGCAUCAAUGAGGGGAGGGCUGUUGUAGGCAUCUGCCUAGGCUCGCAGCUCGUGGGCGAGGCUCUUGGAGCAGCCUGGGAGAAGAGCCCAGAGACAGAAAUCGGCAAUUUCCCCAUCACUCUCACUACUGCCGGGAGAAGCAAUGACAAGUUUAGACACUUCGGCCUCUCCACAGAAGUUGGUCACUGGCAUAACGACAUGCCGGGACUAACCACGGACGCUAAAAUCAUUGCCUCCAGCCUCGGCUGUCCCCGCCAAAUUGUCGAAUACACCGAUUUAGUGUAUGGAUUUCAGUGCCAUAUGGAGUUCACGUUUGAGGUGAUCGAGGGUUUGAUAGAAGCAAGCAAGGACGAACUGCCUUCUCUUGUUGGGCGGAGAUACGUUCAACAGCCUGAUUCUUUGCGCUUAAACAAGUAUGCGGAUAUGAACGAGAAACUUGCGGACUUCUUAGACUGCCUCAUGGAGGCGUAUAACAUAGCUCAGCACUAA